AUGAGUAGUUCAAAUGAUUGUCCUCAUAGAGAUGAUGAAAAUAUUCUUUAUGUUGGUGAUAUUAAUUCAGCAGUAGAACAUACAGAUAUCUAUCAUGAACAUCCUGAUGAAUUAAAAACUAAACUUCGAUAUAUAAGAAAACAUAUAUCAUUUCAAACAAUAUGUGAUGGAUUCAAUGAAUUAGCACCAAUAAUUCUUGAUGGACAAAAUUAUACAGAUGAAACAGAAUAUGAACAAUGA